UGCGUUAGAUGCAGAAUGUGUCUUGCCAUUGCUGAAAAGAUAAACGAAACCUUGCUGGAUGUUCACGAAAUGAUGUCACCAAACGCAUGCUUGAACGACACCGAAGUCGAGCUUCUAUUGCGGACCAUUUGCGACCACUCGUUCCAAUAUUAUGGUCUUCGAGAAUUCGACGGGAAAAGAUUCAUUUGCGACAAUUUACCUGGUUUCGUUUUGGUGUCGACGUCGGUCGAUGGACUUUGGGGAAAGAAAAUGAGAGAUCUGUGCCACUAUUAUCUCGACGAAAUUGGUGAGGUACGACUGUACGAACACUGGCAACAAUGGUGUAACGACGACGAGAACUCACCCGAUAUAUCGAACGUUAUUUGCCGAAGCGAAAUGGGUUUGCUGCGGGACUGCAGGAGCAUGGAGGAUCCAGAGAAAUACGAAUCCCCUUUCAAGACCUACAAAGCCAAAAUGAAAAUCACUGCGAUCUACGGUUAA